CCACUACGUCCUUGGGUUUCCACUGGGCUCUACGUCACCGCAGCCGGUCAUGUGACCUCAGGGCCCGUAUGUGCUUGUCUCCGGAACACGGGCGCUAGUGAGCAAGUACGCGAGAGGAUGGAGUGUGCUGGAGGAACUCUGUCUGUUAAAUCCUCCAAGACAUAAAACAGCCAUACGCUUCACGCGUCCAGCAUUCGCCGAAGAAGAAAGGAGCCUUGCAUCACUGUUAAAGCGGCUUGCUUCGGCUCGUGUGGUUGAUCUGCGGCGCGCGGAGCCGGAUGUCGGCGCACAGAGGCGGACCCUAGAGAGACGCGAGACGGCUCGGCAGCGACACGCUUACCGCAUACCGUCGGGGAUGUUCUCGGUACUCUCCUAUGGCAGGAUCGUUGCCAGGGCUGUCCUGGGCGGACUCUCGCAGACGGACGGCAGAGAUUACAGCCUGAUCACGGCCAGCUGCGGCUUCGGGAAGGACUUUCGGAAGGGGAUCCUGAAGAAGGGCAUGUGCUACGGCGACGAUGCCUGCUUCAUUGCCCGGCACAAGUCCGCGGAUGUCUUGGGUGUUGCGGAUGGCGUCGGGGGCUGGAGGGAUUACGGCGUGGAUCCGUCGCAGUUCUCCGCCACUCUGAUGAGGACGUGCGAACGGCUCGUGAAGGAGGGCCGCUUCACUCCCAGCAGCCCCGUGGGCAUCCUGACCUCCGGCUACUAUGAACUCCUGCAGAACAAAGUACCGCUGCUGGGGAGUAGCACAGCUUGUAUAGUCGUUCUGGAACGUCGGAGUCACAGGAUACACACCUGUAACCUGGGAGACUCGGGCUUCUUGGUGGUUCGGGGUGGAGAGGUGGUCCAUCGGUCAGACGAGCAGCAACACUACUUCAACACACCCUUCCAGCUGUCCAUAGCCCCGCCGGGGGCAGAGGGCGUGGUGUUGAGUGACAGUCCUGAGGUGUCAGAUAGCUCCUCCUUUGAUGUCCAGUUAGGGGACAUUAUUUUAACCGCUACUGACGGCCUCUUUGACAACAUGCCUGACUACAUGAUCCUGCAAGAACUCAAGAAACUCAAGAACACCAACUAUGAUAGUAUCCAGCAGACUGCCCGCAGCAUCGCUGAACAGGCCCACGAGUUGGCCUAUAUCACAGACUUAGUCAGGGUCGCGCCAUAUUUACGUUUUCACAGGAAUGAAAAUGAGGCUGUGAGGGACAGAAGUACAGCACAUUCAGUGGGUACUGAUAGUUUAGCUGAUGAAACGUCUUUCCGAAAAACAUUCAAUAGACAAAAACUCCAUAAAACAGUUUUCAAUGUUAGAAAGUUACAUAAUCUUGGACCUUUAUAUAUUGCAUGCCUUUGUAAUGUCUAUCCUUCACAUCCUUGUUUUCAAUAUGGCAUCAAACCUGACGAAGGUCUGUACCAGAGAAUUUCCUUGGGAUUAUUUAGAUUAUUUGGAUCAGGAAAGUCAUAA